CCAGCCUCUCUUAGGCUACUCUCUGAUAGAAGGCAAGUGUUUAUCAAUGCUUAUUAUUUGUGGUUAGCUACGGACAGUUCAUUAAUUACAGUAAAUAUCGUGUUAAAAUUAUUUGUUAAUAACUAAUUAAUUUACUGGAAAAGUAUGCCGGGUGGAGUUGAACACCGAUCUGUUACACCACUGAUACAAUUGAUUCGAGAUUUAGGCCGUGGUAGGAAAGUUGUGAUAGCGAAUAGAUUUCCUGAUGAACAAGCAGCGCGUACUCAACCUCCGCCACAUGUACCAGGAGGACCUUAUCAUAAGACUUCUCAGAUUUAUUAUUACACUCGAGAUGCAAGGGGAGAAGUUGGACCACCAUUAUUGAUUAGUGGAUCAAAACAGAUUGGCAUAGAGAAUGAAUGUCCUGCUGAAGAGAAAUACCUUAGCCCAGGAAAAACUUACAAUUGGGAUUCUUAAUUUCAUAAAGUUCACCUAGAAGAUAUUAUGCUGCAAAUUAUACAUUGAUGUAAUAUAUUAUACAAUGGUAGAUUUGCUCUGAUAAUUAUUGUACAUAGAAAAUAAAUUAAGCUACUUAAUUA